AUGUCAAAAAAUAAUCUUCUGUGCGAGCUCCUGCCUAGUGAUAAGGAAUUUAUACAGUAUCUGAAAAUAGACUUAAAGACAAAACAGCGACGUAAUACUUCUCUGGCCUGUACUGAGUGUCGGAAAAAAAGGUUUAAGUGCUCUGGUGCGACCCUAUAUACGAUAUAUAUGACCGAAGGUCGCCAGUGCUUGUAUGAUAUAGCCGGUGAUCAGAGACGUAAGGCUUAUACCGCCGAGCUGUUAUACUUCCGUAUCGCCCUAUGCCUAAUUGCUAAGUUACGCUCUGGAACACUGGAGGAGAUAUUAUAG